AUGCAGGCUGAGGCCACAGAUGUGUCCUUGCAUGAGGGCAUCCAAGCUCUUGGUGUCAGAGAGGAAGAAAAUCAAAAGGAAGCCUGCAAACAGGAAGAAGAAAGCGCUGAGCAACAGGAUGCUGAGAUGACAGCAGCGUCAUUGGAGGACACGGAAAACACAGACAGCAAAGACCAAGACACAGACAAGCUUGAGGAAGACAAACACCAAAAUGCACCACCGUCAGUCGCAGCGGUCCCAGUGGAAGAGGGAACGCGGACGACAGACAAGGACGGCGAAUGGGAGCUCGUGUACAGCGACGAGGAAAUGGAGGACCCAAAGAACUGGAUGCCUCCUCCCGCCGAGAUCAAGAGACUCUAUGAGCUGCUGGCCAAAGGCGAGAUGCUGGAGCUCAACUUUGAACCCCUUCCCCGAAGACCGCCCACGCCCGAACGCAGCCUUUCGCCCGAAAGGGAAAACGAGGACGACGAGGCGGAGGAGAGAGAAAGGAAGGAGAGGGAACGGAAACCUCCGAGUCCAACAGAGUUCGACUUUAACGAAGAGCAACAAAUCCAAGGGACCCCGAAAAACUCCUUUAUUAACAGACGUCGAACACCGGGUUCAUCGGCUCGCUCUUCCGUGAAAAGGGAAGCCCGGCUGGACAAAGUUCUAUCGGACAUGAAGCGCCACCGCAAAAUGGAAGAGCACAUCCUUCGCACGGGGCGAGAUCUCUUCAAGAGCGAGAAGAAGCUGGAGGCGGCGCUAUCGCCCAACAGCCAGAAGGAACGAGACAAGGAACGCGAGCGAGACAGCAAUCCCAAUACAGUCUUCUCUCCCAGGCAGAGGCGAUACUGA